AUGAAAUCUAGAAAGAAGCAGAGGAGCAAUUCUGGGAAGAAUACGAGCAGGAGGGUGGAGAUGGAAGGGACAGGUGGGAGCACACGUGGUGCAGCAGAAGCAAUUGCGGGUAAUGAGGCGACUUUCGAGGCGCCUCAAAGGAAGAAUACGAGCAGGAGGGUGGAGAUGGAAGGGACAGAUGGGAGCACACGUGGUGCAGCAGAAGCAAUUGCGGGUAAUGAGGCGACUUUCGAGGCGCCUCAAAGGAAGAAUACGAGCAGGAGGGUGGAGAUGGAAGGGACAGAUGGGAGCACACGUGGUGCAGCAGAAGCAGUGCGGAGCAGAAGCACAUUCACAACAAGCCCUCAGCCGAAGCGUCACAAAGGCGCGAGGGCGAGUGGCCUUGGUGAUGCUGCUGGCGUAGAGGCAGCAGGUUCGAUUUCACCCCGAGCCACAGCUAUUGCAGGAGGAGCAGCAGCCGGAGAAGGCACGGUAGAAUGCAGUGAGGGGGAGGGAGAGGAUAAGAGAGAGGACGUGGGAGAGGAGGAGAGGGAGGAGGGAGGAGGAACGGUGGGAGCGAAGGGGAUGGAGCGUAGCAGAGAGGAUGUGAGAGAGAAGGGAGAGGAGGGGAGAGAGUAUGGGAGAGAGGAGGGCAGAGAGGAGGGGAGAGAAGAGGGAAGCGAGGAGAGGAGAGACGAAAGGGGAGAGGAGGGGAGAGAGAAGAAUGAGGAGGAGAUAGGUCAGGAAGGUGCUGCAAUGUUAGAGGAGGGGGGUGAUAUGGGGGGACGAGAGGGAGCCGGAAGGCAUAUACAUGUGGAAGGUGGGAAAGAUGAGGAAGUUGGGAAAGAUGUGAAGAUGUGGGUGGACGGUGCAGCAAUCACAGAGGAAGGGUGUGAUAUGAGGGGGAGAGGGGUAGGAGGAAGGCGUAUGCAUAUGGAAGGUGGGAAUGGUGAGGAAGGUGGAAAAGAUGAAGAAAAUGGGAAAGAUAGGAUAGAUGUGUGUGUGAGAGGGGGCGGUGGUGUGUACAUAGAAGUGCAUCAUCCACUGCCAGUGCUGGCUGUGCACGUGUGGGCGGAUAACAACCCCUCUAACGGCCCUUCCUGGGGCAGCGGGCCCUCAUCAGAGGUGCAUGCAGAUGCGCAAUUGGGUGGUGCGCUGCAGUCGGAUUCAGCAUUUGGAAGCCCGCGUGUAGAUGGAGGAAGAGGAGGAGGAGGAGGAGGAGGAGGAGGAGGAGGAGGAGGAGGAGGAGGAGGAGGAGGAGGAGGAGGAGGAGGAGGAGGAGGAGGAGGAGGAGGAGGAGAAGGAGGAGGAACGCGCAUCGCAGUGUGUUUGGGGAAGGAGGAGGAGGAGGAGGAGCGGAAGGUAGUGGUGUAUGAAGUAACGAGCACUGGGAGGAGUGGUGUAGAAGGCUGUGAUGUGGGAAGGAGUGGUUUGGCAGGGAGCGGUGUGGCAGGGAAAAGGCCACACGAAGCAGCAGGAAAUGCGGCUGGAAAUGCGGGAGGAAAUGCGGGAGGAAAUGCGGGAGGAAAUGCGGGAGGAAAUGCGGGAGGAAAUGCGGGAGGAAAUGCAGGAGGAAAUGCGGCUGGAAAUGCGGGAGGAAAUGCAGGAGGAAAUGCGGCUGGAAAUGCGGGAGGAAAUGCAGGAGGAAAUGCGGCUGGAAAUGCGGCUGGAAAUGCGGGAGGAAAUGCGGGAGGAAAUGCAGGAAGACCAGGGCUAGGAACGCUUCAAGAAGCAGCGAGACAUGGGGCUCCGUGGUUCAGGCUGGUGGGAAGCUUUGGUGUGAAAGUCGACUAUGCAGAAGCACGGACGGAGCUGUUCCCCGAGCGCCACACGAGCAAUGGCCUCUCCUGCGGUUCCUGCCUCUACUCUCGUUUCCUGCCUCUACUCUCGUUUCCUGCCUCUACUCUCUUUUCCUGCCUCUCCUGCAGUUCCUGCCUCUACUCUCGUUUCCUGCCUCUACUCUCAUUUCCUGCCUCUACUCUCGUUUCCUGCCUCUACUCUCUUUUCCUGCCUCUACUCUCGUUUUCUGCCUCUACUCUCGUUUCCUGCCUCUACUCUCUUUUCCUGCCUCUGCUCUCGUUUCCUGCCUCUACUCUCUUUUCCUGCCUCUACUCUCUUUUCCUGCCUCUACUCUCUUUUCCUGCCUCUACUCUCGUUUCCUGCCGCUACUCUCUUUUCCUGCCUCUACUCUCUUUUCCUGCCUCUACUCUCUUUUCCUGCCUCUACUCUCUUUUCCUGCCGCUACUCUCCUUUCCUGCCUCUACUCUCUUUUCCUGCCUCUACUCUCUUUUCCUGCCUCUACUCUCUUUUCCUGCCUCUACUCUCGUGUUCCCCGAGCGCCAAGCCAUGGCCUUCUCUUCCUGCGGCACCUGCCUCUAUCUCGCUAACUGCUUCACUCUCUGCCCCCUUCCUUCUUCAUGUCACCCUUUCAGGUGUUCCCCGAGCGCCAAGCCAUGGCCUUCUCGCCCUGCGGCACCUGCCUCUAUCUCGCUAACUGCUUCACUCUCUGCCCCCUUCCUUCUUCAUAUCACCCUUUCAGCCAUGGCCUUCUCGCCCUGCGGCACCUGCCUCUAUCUCGCUAACUGCUUCACUCUCUGCCCCCUUCCUUCUUCAUAUCACCCUUUCAGGUGUUCCCCGAGCGCCAAGCCAUGGCCUUCUCGCCCUGCGGCACCUGCCUCUAUCUCGCUAACUGCUUCACUCUCUGCCCCCUUCCUUCUUCAUAUCACCCUUUCAGCCAUGGCCUUCUCGCCCUGCGGCACCUGCCUCUAUCUCGCUAACUGCUUCACUCUCUGCCCCCUUCCUUCUUCAUAUCACCCUUUCAGGUGUUCCCCGAGCGCCAAGCCAUGGCCUUCUCGCCCUGCGGCACCUGCCUCUAUCUCGCUAACUGCUUCACUCUCUGCCCCCUUCCUUCUUCAUAUCACCCUUUCAGGUGUUCCCCGAGCGCCAAGCCAUGGCCUUCUCGCCCUGCGGCACCUGCCUCUGCUCUCCCUUCUCCUCCUCAGCUCAGUAACCCAGCCCUGCCCUAGACCCCCCUCCUCCCGUCCCGUCACACCACCCUCUGGCAGGUGUUCCCUGAGCGCCAAGCCAUGGCCUUCUCUCCCUGCCGGUGCUGGUAACAUGGUAACCCAGCCCUGCCCUACACCCCCCUCCUCCCGUCACAUCACUCUCCACCAGGUGUUUCCCGAGCGCCAAGCCAUGGCCUUCUCGCCCUGCGGCACCUGCCUCUACCUCGCUAAUUGCUUCACCCUCUGCCAACCCAGCGCCUCGACCGCUGCUGCCCUCCGUUCGCCCCCUUCACUCUCUACCUGCCUUCCACCGUUCCCCUCCCUCUCAAGCCUCUCACCGGCGGUUCCCAAGUGCCCACAGAUGUGGGCUGUGGUGGUGGUGAGGAGGGGGAGGAACGACGGUGGGAAGGGCGUGGAAGAUGAAACGAGUGGGGGGAAGGAGAUGGGGAGGGGUGUGGAAGGGAAGGGUAGGGAGGGAGGAGGCAUGGAGGGAGGAGGCAUGGAGGGAGGAGGCAUGGAGGGAGGAGGCACGGAGGGAGGAGGAGAGUGGGUGGUGGUGGCAGCAGGGGACGGUGGUGCUGCUUGCUGCUGGGUGAUGGACAAGUAUCGAAGGUCGCCCCUGGCCAGAUAUCACCUCCCCCCGGCGUGCUACAGGAGCCACCCCUUCCACAGACUCAUCUCCCUGGCUGCUGUGUUACCCUCACCACACACGCUGUUCUCCACACCCCACCUGUGUUCCUUGUGUUACAGGUCGCCCCUGGCCAGAUACCACCUCCCCCCGGCCUGCUACAGGAGCCACCCCUUCCACCAAGUCAUCUCCCUGGCUGCUGUGCCGCACCGGCCUGGAUGGGUUCUGGGGUGCUCCUACGGCGGUUCUGUUGCUCUUUGGUGA